UUUGGCCGGCCGGCACAGCGGCGCGACGCUUUUGGCCCUGCCCAGGCGAGCCUGCGAACGCCAUCGUCGCGAGGCAGCCAUUAAAAAGCGGUCCUCAGACGCCCUCGACGCGAGGUAGCGAACCAGUCGACUCCGCAAAGCCUGCCCAAGCUGACAAGGGCAGCCCCGAGACGCGCGCCGCACGCGAGUAGGACGACAGACAGCCAUGGCGCUGGCCAAGGGCAGCAUGGACGCGAGCCAGGCCGAGUUCGCGCAGCUCCAGCGCGAAUAUCGGCACAUGGAGCUCAAUCGCAAGUCGUAUGCCGACGAGUCGUACGGUGUCCUGCGGAAGCAGCAGGCGACGAUCCAGAAACUGCGGAGGGACAACGAGCGUCUCAAGGGUGAGUUGGCGGCCGAGACCCGGACGUCCACAAAAGGCCCGAACGGUCUAGAUGAAGCUAAAAGAAAUGCUCGGCUCAUGGAAGAAGUCGAGAAGUACGAACGGCACGUCUUCGACGAGACGAAGAAGCUCGAACAGUUGGAUGGUCAAAUCCACACGACGCGCGACGCGAUGAACAAGCUGCGGCGAGAGAUGGGCGGCGUGAACGCCGCGAGGGAGAACAACCAGAUGGUCGCCAAGCAAGUUAAAAUUCUGGAGAAUAGAUUGGACCAGGCCUUGGUGAAGUUUAACCAGUCUCUGGCGCAGAAUAAGAAGCUCAGGGAGGACAUCGAUGACCUUAGAAGAGAAAGGGUGGUGUUCGACUCUAUCUAUCGAAAAUUAGAAAAAGAGCUAGGCGAGAAGAAGCGCCAGAUGGCGAACGUCAUUGAGAUCUCGAACAACGCCUACGAGCACCGCGACAACUAUCAGUUGGAAAUCGCCGCGAUCGAGCAGGCGAAUCGAAGGGAGCAGGACGAGUUCGAGGCCCAGAUGGUCGAGUUAGGGAGAAUAUUGGAGACGGAAUUGAAACCGCCCGCGCCGCCGGAAAGGGCGAGGACCGCGACCGCUGGGAGUCCUUCACGUAAAAAGCGUUCGUCAGCAGAAGAGCUAGAACGGGAACGAGAAGAGCUCGCGCGGGGCGAGGAACGCGUCCAGAACUUCGAGGAGGCCUUCAACCGCAUCAAGGCCGCUACGGGCAUCGAGGAGAUUGAUGAGCUCGUGCGGCUGUUCGUGAAAAACGAGGACCAAAAUUUUUCGUUAUUUAACUACGUGACCGAACAGACGAACGAGAUCGAGAAGCUCCAGGAAGCCAUUUCCCAACUCCAGGAGGAGGAGGCCAAGUACGCGUCGCAGGGAGGUGCGGACGUCGAGAAGCACGAGCUAAUUGUGGCCGACUUGGAGAAACGGGUCCGGGAGACGGAAAGCAGCGCGGAGAAGUACGAGUCGAAGUGCGAGGAGUACCAGAAGAUCGUGGACCAGCUGAAGAAGGCCAUCGCGUCGACUUUUACGAAGACGGAAUGUCCUCGGACGGCCGCGUUUGCCGACUCAGCAGUGACGGAGAACAACAUGUUGGACUAUCUCGCUGCAAUUGAAGAGCGAGCGAAUGCGAUUAUCUCGGAUUACGCCGAGGUUAAAGUUCGGCAGCGCGAGGAGGCGCAGGACGAUUUCCAGCAGGACACCGGCCCGAUGCCUUCCGUAUUGGGUAUGGGUCCGACCACUCCGAUGGGCCAGGAUUUGAUCCACGUCAACCCGCCGAAGCUCGAGGACUAUUCGUCGGAGGAGGAGGACGACAACGACGACACGCGGCCGCUGACGCGCGACGAGAUCAAAGCCAAAACACUGACCAAGAUGUACCAACGCUCGAAGGCCGGGGACCCCGUGACGACGAAGUCGCGGAAGAAGAAGGCGUCGCGGUCGUCGUUCUAAGGGUGUUUUUGCCUAUUG